AUGGAAAAAUCAAUUGGAUAUUAUUACAAGAAAAAUCAAUUGGCUCAAUAUCUCCUUGAUACAGAUCUAUACGGUGCUAUAAUCUCUUUUGUUCAUCUAUAUCUCCUUGAACACCUUGAAGAGGAGGAGGCACUAGCCAUUGGCGAUGAAGAAGAUACUGGAGCACAAGGUUUUAUUGCACAUCUCUCAUUGUGUUUCAUUGAUCGCAACAAAUCAAAGCUUUACUGGUUUGAUAAGGAUGGAAAUCAGUGGAAGGAGAUGGGGGCUAGUACUAUCAAGUUUUUGAAACAUAAGGUUACCAGUAAAGUUAGGCUUCUAAUGAGGCAACCCAACACGCUCAAGAUCUGA